AUGAAUGUUCCUAGGACACGCCAGGAUGGCCUACAUAACGCAGAUCGCAGGGCGAGGGAGCUAUACCGCUACUACCAGCCUGCUUCGCAACCUGAGGCGGUUCCAUCUUGGCUUUCUGCGAACGAUGGAUUUCCUUUCUCUGCAGUUUCAGGACAUACCCUCACUCCACCGAUCUCCGAAGGAUCACUGCCUUCACACAGUAGUGGGACUUCCCGACCAGCGACCGCAAUGGGCUCAGAUGCUCUCGUGCUGGGUACCUCGAAUAGUACCAUGACGUCAUUUGCCCAGCUAGCAGCCUUGCGCUUAAACGUCGAGCGCGUGUUUAUCUCUGUAUUAGAUCGUGAUCAACAACACAUCAUUACCGAAGCUACAAAAUCUCUCAAUUUGAAUGAUCCCACAAUCCACGACGACAACGAUGACCUCUGGUUGGGGGCACCCGACACCCGCAAGACAUGGAGUGUGUGCAAGGACACUGUUUCACUACCUCCCAACGACCGCGAGAAUGCAGACUAUCAAUUUCUAGUCGUCAACGACAUGACCGAAAAUGAGCGCUACAAAGACCUUUCCUUCGUCGCGAAGGACCCCAACUUUCGCUUUUUCGCGGGAACUCCCUUGACAACUGAAAAGAACAUCAACUUGGGUUGUUUUUUCGUGUUGGAUAAAAAGCCUCGAGAUGGGUUGACACCGCUAGAGAAGGAUACACUGGGAUCUCUAUCAAUGCUUGUGGUGGAUUACUUGAAGGUUUGCAGACAGGCUUCCGAAGGACGCCGGGCCGCGCGCCUUUCUCGCGGGCUCAGCUAUUUCGUUGAAGGAAGUUCUAGUUUCGUGGAUAGUAUCGACCGGUCGCGCACCAACAGCGUCGGUAUUCCAUCAGCAACUCCGCCAUCCUCCUAUAGUCGACCGAGUGCCUCUGGUGGCUCUCCUGAGUCUCGUGGGAAUGGCUCAGAAAACGCAUCGCAAGAGACAUCCAAUAGUCCACCAAACGACCGAUCACUCAGUACCGACGCGCGCUCCUUCAGCUCUGUCCCUUCCGAUUUGAAAUUGGACUACGAUUCGAAGCGCAGUAGUUCGAGAUUGGACAGUAGUUCAAAAUUGGACAGCGGCUCGAAAGUAGAAUCGGGCACGGUAGAGAGCUCUCUGCCGGAAUGGCUGACCAGCAGCAGCCGGAAUCGGCUACCACCCGAUGAUUCGCAAGGCAACUCUUGGUGCUUCCGCAGGGCGGCCAACUUACUUCGAGAGAGUCUUGACCUGAAUGGAGACAGUGGAGUCAUCUUCCUGGAGUCCAACAAUAACCCUUUGAUGGACGCCGAUAUGGGGAGCGAUUGUUCCGACACAGGCGGACCUGCUUCUGUUCUGUCAGCAUCAACAAAUGAAGAACCAUUUGCUCCACAGGCAGGGUCGAUGGCUACGUGCGCUGCGGCCAAUUUAGACCGGUCUUUCCUGCAAUUGUUGCUCAGACGCUACCCCAAAGGAAAGCUAUGGUCUUUCCAUCGCGAUGGGCUCAUCUCGACAUCAGACGAUGACGACCAACAGCCUCAAGACAAGGGCCAUCUUGGCACCAGUGCCACCAGUCGGUCCCCACCGAGUGCAGCUGCACAACCUCCGAAGCCCGUACGAAAACGGCGGAAAGCUGCGGAGAACUCAGUACUCAACAAGUAUUUCCCAAAUGCUGCGCAAAUUAUGUUUGUGCCUUUGUGGAAUGCUGUUUCUUCGCAGUGGUUCGGAGGGUGUUUCUGCUGGAGCACAAUCGAGACCCAGGUAUUCAGCACCUCAGUCGAGCUCAGUUCGGUGCUUGGAUUUUCAUCGUCCAUCAUGGCCGAAUAUAGCCGUGUUGAAUCCCUCAUCGCGGAUCGCCAGAAGGGUGAUUUUAUCGGGAGUAUCUCACACGAACUUCGUAGCCCCCUUCAUGGAAUUUUGGCCGCUGCCGAGUUUAUGAACAGCACCCAUCUCAAUGAAUUCCAGGACUCAUUGCUUGAGACUGUCAAUUCGUGUGGCCGAACAUUACUGGAUACAAUGAACCAGGUACUAGACUUCAGCAAAGUGGUGUCUUUGGAACGGACAUGGCGGUCAAUGAAACGCAAGAAAGAGUCACCGCUCGAUUACAGAGGAUCAGACAAGCUGGCGCAUCACUUGGAUACAUUGGUGGCUACCGAUGUAGCUAUUCUCGCCGAGGAAGUUGUUGAAGGCAUAUGUCUUGGUCAUGUGUUCGGACAGAGCUCUACUGCUUCAGCUGACCUGCCCGUAUUGAUGCCACAUCAAACAAAGCUGCAGACUCAGCGGUCCAAUGUCGAAGUUGUUAUCGACGUUUCAUUCCGGGAUUGGGUCUACCGGACUCAGCCGGGCGCUUUGCGGCGCAUCAUUAUGAAUCUUUUUGGAAAUGCCAUGAAAUAUACAGAAUCUGGCCGUGUCACUAUCUCCUUGGCCGCAUCCAGUCACUCUGAAGGACGAUCUCGGCGCCAAGGCCUCGAAGACUUGGUCACAUUAACAGUAACCGACACGGGUAAAGGUAUAUCAGAAGAAUUUUUGCGCGGCAAGCUUUACACGCCCUUUGCCCAAGAAGACGCCCUGGCUGUCGGUACCGGACUAGGAUUGUCAAUUGUUCGCAGUUUGGUCAAGGCUUUGAAUGGAAGCAUUCGAAUUCGCAGUCGUCCUGGGGAGGGCACUGUCGUACAGGUAUCCCUUCCCUUAGAGAGGCCUGUUGGCAAGGAAAGUCCGGUCAUACAACCAUCUGGACAGCUUGUCCAACAGCAAGAGACCUUGGCACAAACUCUUCUACUACGCGAGAGAUACCCCGGUAGACGGGUCUCCAUCUGGGGCGCCGACCCAACCGACGUGACUGCCGACUCUAACUGGUCUGAAAUUGCCCGAUACCUUUCAGACUGGUAUGAUAUGAAGAUCGUUGCAUGGACACCAGAAGCCCAUGUCGAUAUUGUGCUUAUGGAUGAAACCGAUUUACCCAACUUCCGCACAAUUGCACCCUCUGCCACUUUGCCUGCUCUUCUCGUCCUAUGUCACAAGUCGGUGGAUUACACCGGCGCGAAAUCCGAGUGGUUGCCUCUUGCUUCCUCCGUGAACAUCAUCCGACGUCCCUGUGGACCACACAAAUUAGCUCGAAGCGUAAUGAGGUGUCUGACCCAAGAUCAAUCGAGAUCCGCGACACCGGCUUCCUCUCAGAAACCAUUGAGUCUACCGCUCAGGACGUCCUCAUUGCCAGCACAAUCAGCAUUCGAUUCGCCCGUUGUAUCACCUGCCGAUGACAAUAGUGCCCCGGACCUGGACUGUCACGGAAUCCGCCCCAUGACGGUAUCGCCACUGCAACAACCAUCGCUGAUCACCUCAUUGCCCGAGGAGAUUGCAGAAGCCCCUUUACCAGCACCGCUGGUAGAGGGCGGAGUCAAAUCUUCGCGACUGGCAAGAGUGCUCGUGGUUGACGACAACCGCAUAAAUCUCAACCUGAUGAUGACUUUCCUCAAAAAACGCCAGCUGACGGAGCUCGACCCAGCUGAGAAUGGCAAAUUGGCUGUUGAGGCCGUCGAGCGCAUGCAGAGCGGUUAUGAUAUCAUUUUCAUGGAUAUGUCGAUGCCUGUCAUGAAUGGUUUCGAGGCUACUCGUGCUAUUCGCUCGCUGGAGAGGGAUACGGAUGGCCGCAAGCCGGCUAUCAUUAUUGCCUUGACUGGACUCAGUAGCUCACGCGAUGAGUCGGAUGCUAUGGCUUCUGGUGUGGACCUAUUCCUCACCAAACCUGUCUCUUUCAGAGAAGUCUCGCGGCUACUGGGGGAUUGGGAAAAUGGUCGGAUGGUAACAGAACGGAAGCUGGCAUCUUAA